AUGUCGACAAUUGAAACUUCGCCCGCUGUGGUGGACGAAUCCUUUGCACAGAUCGCAGAGGCCGACAUCGAAGCAAUCUUGAAGAAGCUCACCCAGGAUGAAAAAGUCGCGCUUCUAACAGGAGACGAUUUUUGGCAUACCGUACCAGUUCCUCGACUUGGAGUCCCGUCGAUUCGAGUCUCAGACGGUCCGAACGGAUGUCCCGGCAGCAUGUCUUCCUGCGGAACUGCGAUCGGCGCGACCUUCGACAGGGACCUUGUCUUAGAAAUUGGCCAUCUUCUCGCCGCAGAGGCCAAGGCCAAGGGCGCGCAUGUCAUUCUCGGGCCGACCAUCAACAUCGCUCGAGGCCCGCUUGGUGGCAGAGGUUUCGAGUCGUACUCUGAAGAUCCGAUGCUGUCGGGUAUCCUCGCGGGACAUUACUGUAAAGGUCUCCAGGAGAAGAAUAUUAGUGCGACCCUGAAACACUUUGUUUGCAAUGAUCAAGAGCACGAGCGCAUGGCAGUGAACUCAAUUGUGACUGAUCGCGCGUUGAGGGAAAUUUACUUGCUUCCAUUCCAGGUUGCGAUUGCCCUAGGUCAACCAGAUGCCAUCAUGACUGCGUAUAACAAAGUGAAUGGCUUACACGCCGCAGAGAACCCGACCCUUCUCCGUGACAUUCUUCGCGGAGAGUGGAGUUGGGACGGUUUGGUUAUGAGCGAUUGGUUUGGAACAUACAGUACUACCGAGGCUAUCAACGCAGGCCUAGACUUGGAAAUGCCAGGUCCGCCGAGAUGGCGUGGCGCAGCCCUAAACCAUGCGAUCACAUCAAACAAAAUCACAGCGGCGACAUUAAACGACCGCGUCCGUGCUGUCCUGAAACUCGUUCAAAAGGCAGCUAAAUCAGGCGUGCCAGAUCAUGCACCCGAGACGCAGUUAGAUCGCCCCGAAGAUAGAAAACUUCUGCGAAAGAUCGCAUCAGAAGCAGUCGUCUUGAUGAAAAACCAAGAUAGCAUUCUUCCUUUGGACAAGCAUAAGAAAAUUGCGGUGAUUGGCCCCAACUCGAGGAUCGCCACUUAUUGUGGUGGUGGAAGCGCUGCACUGAACCCAUACCGUGCUGUGACGCCCUAUGAUGGCCUCGUGGAAGCCGCCCAGGGUGGCGUUGAGUUCGCUCAAGGCGUUUAUGGGCAUCAGAUGCUGCCGCUCCUUGGAAAGCAUCUUCGCACCGAGGAAGGCGUCCCUGGAUUCUCGUUGAAGAUCUUCAAUGAGCCCCCUACGGAUGCAUCACGAAAGCCUCUUGAGACGCGGCAAGAAACCGACUCUAUGGUCAUCUUCAUGGACUAUAACCACCCAGAGUUACAGCCGACCUGGUAUGCGGACGCAGAGGGUUACUUCGUUCCCGAAACCUCUGGUACAUAUGACUUUGGUCUCACAGUGCACGGAACUGGACGACUAUACGUGGAUGGGAAGCUUCUGAUCAACAAUGCCGACGUUCAGAGGGCGGGAACUAGUUUCUUUGGGAGUGGAACCAUGGAAGAGGUUGUAUCUUUGGAAAUGGAGGCGGGCAGGAAAUACAAGAUCCUCACGCAAUGGGGAUGUGGCAAGACGAGCACCUUCAAAGUCCCCGGUGUCGUAGAUUUCGGACAUGGAGGUUUCCGAUUUGGUGCUUGCAAACAACUCGUGCCUCAAGAAGGCAUUGCUGAAGCUGUCACAGUAGCUUCCAACGUUGACCAGGUGGUCCUCUUUGCCGGACUGAGCUCUGAAUGGGAGUCGGAGGGUGAGGAUCGAACCACCAUGAAGCUUCCACCUAACACGGAUGAGUUGAUCUCGAAGGUUCUCGAGGCCAAUCCGAAUACAGUCGUUGUGAUCCAAAGUGGAACACCGGUCGAGAUGCCCUGGAUCGAUAAUGCGAAGGCCGUGCUUCAUGCUUGGUAUGGUGGAAAUGAAACGGGCCAUGCUAUUUCAGAUGUUAUUAUUGGUGAUGUCAACCCGUCCGGAAAGCUUCCUCUCACAUUCCCACGACGACUCAAGGAUAAUCCCACAUAUUUCAACUACCGAUCCGAAGGCGGUCGUGUACUGUAUGGUGAGGAUGUGUACGUGGGUUACCGCUACUAUGACAGUCUGGAACUUGACCCGCUCUUUCACUUCGGCCACGGCCUUUCAUAUACCACAUUCAAAAUCUCAGACCUCCAGACGACAAGGGGGUCCGAAAAUACACUGCAAGUGCAGUGGAAGGUGCGAAACACUGGAUGCAGGGACGGAGCUGAAGUUGUCCAAGUAUAUAUUGCUCCCUUAUCAUCUCCCAUCCGACGACCAGUCAAGGAACUGAAGGAAUUUAAAAAGGUGCGAGUGCAAGCUGGUUCAGAGGAGUCCGUGACUAUUAAGUUGAAUCUUAUUCGUUCAACCAGCUUCUGGGACGAGAAGAGCAGCAGCUGGUGCAGCCACAGUGGCACUUAUAAGAUCAUGGUCGGAACGAGUAGCCGUGGUGAGUUCUUGGAGGAGGUACUGGAGGUGGUUGAAACCACGUUCUGGUCUGGCAGUUGGGAUUCACCAAUUUGA